AUGUCCGAUGACAUCGACGGGUCGCUCCUCUCACGGCUUGAGGCCCUCCGUGGCGGGAAUGGCACUCGCGAAAAGCCAGCAUCAAAUCCCAUAAAAUUCGACGUCAUCGAGCGAGCCAGAGCGCCAACAAAGCGGGACAUGCUCGCCGCUCGACUCGAGAACCUCCGCAGUCAGCCACAUUCACCCAUCACGCCGGCCUCUGCUCAGACCACACCCACCACACUGCAUGCCGCAAAAUCCAAGACGCAGAAACACACAUCUGGUGGAACAGGCCCCGAAAAGAAGGCUCGCGGCAGCCAGGACGAUGUGGACGCUCUCUUCGAAACCGACGACAACGCCCUCGAGGAGAUGCUCGCCGACUUCGGCACGUCCGAUCCGGACCCCAAGGACCGACAUGUUCCAGCCCUUCUGGAGCAACUAUCAGCCCAGAUACCCAAGGAUCCUGAUCAAAAGGACACAAAACAAGCAGCCGACUCGGAUGACUCGGAUGGUGACAAGAUGCGGCGCGAGGUAGACGAUGUGAUUGCCCGGUUCAAAGAUGAAAUGGCGCUGGAAGCCCAGGACGCCGAGGACGAGGGUCAGGAAGCACCAGAUGAAGGGGAGACAAACGAGUACACCGCGGACAUGAAACUGCCGUCGGUCCCCACAAACCUCGACAUCGGCACAGAUACCUGGCAGAAGCCCCAGGGAAUAGACGACAUAACGGCACGCCUGGCCGCGCUCCGAGCCUCGACUGCAGCGGAACAUGGUCUUCCCUCGGUGCCUACAUCCAAGCCAUCCAAGCGUGCCAACAGGUUGACGAGCAGAACAAACUACACGGAUGGCGACGUUGAUUCCUGGUGCACGGUAUGUCUGGACGACGCCACGCUCCGGUGUCUAGGAUGCGACGGAGACGUGUACUGCGCCCGAUGCUGGAGGGAGAUGCAUGUCGGGCCGGCCGCGGCAUGGGACGAAAGGAGCCACAGGGCAGUGCAGUUCACGCGGGAUCGGAAGCACGAGAAGAAAGUUGCGCUGGGGGCGUGA